AUGUCUAAACGACCAAUCUACAUCGUCUCCUGCACCGUCCCCUCAUCGCCCUCUCAAUGGGGCCUCUGGAUUCCCCGACUCUCUACAGAAACCUCCACCGAACAGCCCGUAGGAAAAAUCAUCCACGUAGCCGAAGAUCUAAUCGAAGGUUACCAACUCGAAAUCAUCAGAAACUACAACAUCAACUGGCCUACAGGUGGUAGAUCUAUUAAUUUCCUAGGCUUCACUAAUGAGAGAAAUAUCGUAGAUGGUCCCGACUCAGCAGGUGUGGUGUUCGAUACCAAGGCUAGAGACUUUAUUGAGAUUUAUGCUGCUGGCGUUGCGGUUCCUGCUCCUACUCUGAGACCCAGGGCGAGUAUGAGUUCGCAGAGUUCAGGUAGUAGUGAUUCUGAUCUGGAAGGGCUAGUACGUCCUCAAUGGGUUCAGAGCGAAAAUUGCCAGACUUGGGUUCACUGGGGCGUAUUCCCACAAUUGAACAAUAAUGUUCUCUCUGCCAUUCCCCUCGCCAACGACAUUCCGUGUUCCGUAUUAUUUGUUAUUUGCGCACAAGAUCAAAUGGCUAGCGAUGAAGUACGCAGCGGACCUUACCUGUUACCAUCACUCCUCCCGUCAGAUGAAAACAUAAGCUUCUUCGAGACAAAGUUUUUCGCUGACGGCCACCAAUACCUACCAACACCAGCUGAGGUUCGGCUUGCCGCUGGGAAGCAGGAAAAUCCCAUUCGACCGCCGCCUGUGGUCUUUCCUUCACUAAAACUUAUCGUCAAGUAUGGUUAUGCGAUCAAAAUUAGCGAAGUUCCGGAGGUGUAUGGUUGGCGUACAGACGAAGGACAAACAUUCAUAUACAUGGAAAACAUCGAUGCACGGACGUUGGAGACAGAGUGGCCAGGACUAGAUGUGGAAGAAAAAUAUGAGAUAUGUGUGCAGUUACGCUUCAUUAUUGAUGAAUUGCGUCAACUUCGACAGGACCCUUCUAAUACGUUCAUUGGAAGAAUCAACCAAACGCCCUUAGGGGAUGUCAUUUUUGACUCUUGCAGGGCACUCACUGGUUACUUCUCAGAACUUCCUUCCUUUCACGACUGGUUUUCAGGUGUCAAGAUGCCAGAACCGGGAUCUAUUGACUCAGACCCCUGGCGACCUCACCUGUUAGAUGACGCAUCCAUCGUGUUUACUCACGCAGAUUUACAUCGCAGUAACAUCCUGAUGUCUUGGAAUGAGGAUGGUACACCCAAAGUGGCUGCGAUCGUUGACUGGCAUCAAUCUGGAUGGUAUCCUGCGCCGUGGGAAUUCUAUAAGACGAGGUGGACUGCCAGGUUUCAGGAGCAGUGGGAUUUGAUUGAUAUACUUGAGUUCUUACAGGCAUAUAGAGGAUAUAUACCGUGGGAUUACUUUGUGCUUAAGAGGGGUUGCUAG